AUGGAGGUCCCGAGGAGGGAGGAGGAAGUAGAUGGAUUUUCCGGAGCUCCGGUUGAAAGCUGUGGGUAUUCCUCGGACGACUACAAGUUCAUGGUCCAGACAAUCCUGCAGUCCACUGGCGACCUGCUGCAAGCAAGGUUCAUUCCGACCUGGAAGCAAUUUUAUCCCGAUGUGCCGUUGGAUUACAAGUCGUGGGGGUUUGCGAAGCUCGGCGAAUAUUUCGAGUCGAUCUCUGAUGUGGUGGAAAGCUACCGAAUCCCCGACCAGACCGGAUCGUACUUGCGCCUCCGUAGCAGCGGAGAAGUGACAACGAAUGGGCAUGUCGAGACUGGCGCCAUGACGAGCGGCCUGAUGGCUGGCGCUCUCACUGGAGUGAUUGCCAACCGAACGGGUGUUGACCCAUCGGCGGUGGAGGCUUUCAUCAAGCAGCCGAAGCUACAGUUCACUAUUGACUGUCUCGUCAAGGAGUUCCAAAACUUUCAGCUGGGUGAGUGCAGUGGUUAUCCCCAUUACACGCUCAUGCUGUGGUCAGAAAACCAAGAGGGCGCAAUGAAUGGAGCCAAGAGAGGAGCAGCCAAGAAUGCGAAGAGACCGAAGAAUGCAGGCAGAAGGGGAGGGUCUCAGCUUUACUCUGCUGAGUGA